AUGUCCAAGAUCAGGUCGUUACUGGAUAGAAGAACGAGUCAAGUGAUCACUCUGGUAGUGGUUUUGUACAUAGUUAUAUUUUUGCAUGUGUCGAAUUCCAAGUUUGACCGUAUUUUCCGUUCUGACAAGACUCAUUUGCCCACUACAUCCCAUAUCGACGGUUUAAACCUGAAAAAAUGCGGUCUGCAAACUAAAAAUAUUGAAGAUCUUCGUGAUCAACUGUCUUUUGCAUUUCCUUACGAUCCUCAGGCGCGGAUUCCAAGAAGAGUCUGGCAGACAUGGAAAGUAGGCACCGACUCGAUGGACUUCCCAUCAACAUUUAGGAGAUACCAGGAGGAUUGGACCGUAAUGGCCGGAGAUUCCUUUGAGCACUCGUUAGUCCCAGAUGAUCAUAUUGAGCCACUUUUGGAAAACAUGUAUGCGGAAGUCCCGCUUGUUCUGAAAGCCUUCAAGGAAAUGCCAGCGACAAUCUUGAAAGCUGAUUUCUUACGGUACCUUUUGCUGUUUGCAAGAGGUGGAAUUUACUCCGACAUGGAUACGAUACCUUUGAAACCAUUUGAUUCAUGGCCUUCACUGAAUAAACACAAAAUGAAGACACUCAGGAAGGAAAAUAGCCCUAUUCCUUUUAAAAGCUCCAAGAACCCAAGAGUGCCAGAUGAGGAACCCGGAUUUAUUAUUGGUAUUGAGGCAGACCCAGAUAGAGCUGAUUGGAAUGAUUGGUAUGCGCGCAGAAUUCAGUUUUGCCAAUGGACUAUUCAAUCUAAGCCCGGUCAUCCCAUUCUGCGAGAAUUAAUUUUGAAUAUUACAGCCACUACCCUUUACAGUGUUGCUGACACCAAAUCACAGUCCAAAAGCCUGAUAGAUCUAUCAUAUGUCAACGACUAUAACGUCAAUUAUAGAGACAAGCGCGGUUUGAACGAGACGUACCCUCAUGAGGAAGCCAAGAAGAGCACAAACAUCGAUGGUACGGAUAUCAUGAACUGGACAGGGCCAGGAAUUUUCUCAGAUAUCACGCUUGAAUAUAUCAAUAACUUGAUAGCGCAUAACCCAGAUGUAGCGCUUCUCAAUGGUAAUUUGGACGCCACAAGCGAAGAGGUAGAUCCAAAAAGUACCAGAAAGUUCUACAAAAAAAUAUCCACUUCUUUGCAAUCCAACAAUGUGGUUCCUUGGGAAUUUUUCUCGUUGAUGACUAAACCAGCUUUGGUCGAUGACAUUCUGGUUCUGCCCAUUACAGCGUUUUCACCAGAUGUUGAACAGAUGGAAGCCAAGUCUAGUAAGGAUGAAAUGGCGCUGGUGAAGCAUAUGUUCGAGGGUAGUUGGAAAUCUGAGGCCGAUAACAAUGCUGGUCAUUAG